UCUUUCACUUUUGCUGUGAAAGUAAGCGGUGAUUUUUCUCAAAAUUAAUUCAAAAAUCUUCAAAACUAAACAAUUAAAAAAGUAUUUGUGAAAAAUCAUGACAAUUCUUCGUAAUCUGCUGCGAUUGUCAGUUAAUUACACAUCGACUGCCCCCAAAAAAUACAUUUCACUUCAAAGUCGUGCAAUUUCCCUUUCAUGUACAAAUUUCGCUAAAAAAGCAGAAAAUCCAGAACAAGGACAUUUGAAUGUUGGAACGAUUGGACAUGUUGAUCAUGGAAAAACAACUCUCACUGCCGCAAUUACGAAAGUUCUGUCCACAGUAACUGACACCAAAUUCGUUGCUUACGACCAAAUCGAUAGAGCGCCUGAAGAAAAAGCUCGCGGAAUCACCAUCAACGCUGCCCACAUCGGAUAUACCACGAAAAAACGUCAUUAUGCUCACACCGAUUGUCCGGGACAUGCGGAUUACGUCAAAAAUAUGAUUUCCGGUGCAUCUCAAAUGGAUGUGGCAAUUCUUGUGGUUGCCGCUACCGAUGGUCAAAUGCCACAAACGCGCGAACAUCUCCUGCUCGCCAAACAAAUGGGCGUCGAUAAAAUUGUCGUGUUCAUCAACAAAGCGGAUCAAGUUGACAACGAAGUUGUGGAGUUGGUCGAGCUCGAAAUCAGAGAAUUGCUCGAAGAUUUCGGUUUCGACGGUGCUCAUUGUCCAAUUGUCGUUGGAAGUGCAUUGCAAGCUCUCAAAGGAGACGAAUCCCCGUUGGGAGUUCCUUCAAUACUAAAAUUACUCGACGUUCUCGACAAUGAAUUCGAAACUCCGAAACGAGAUUUGACUUCGCCCUUCUUGGUUCCCAUCGACAAUGCGUUUCUCGUGCCGGGACGUGGCACCGUAGUGGUUGGCACCAUCAAACGUGGCAUCGUUCACAAAAAUUGCGACGCCGAGUUACUCGGUUUUGACGAACAAAUCAAAACAACGGUCUCAGACUUGCAAGUUUUCAAUAAAAGUGUCCAGCAGGCGCAAGCGGGCGAUAAUAUCGGAGCUUUAUUGCGAGCUGUGAAGCUAAGUUCCGUUUCGAAAGGAAUGUUAUUAGUCGCAACGGGCAGUGAACGCAUCUCCAACCACUUUCAAGCUUCCAUGUACUUGUUGACGAAAGGCGAGGGAGGUCGUUCGAAGCCAUUGACAUCGAAAUACAUCCAACAAAUGUUCAGUCGAACGUGGAAUAUUCCGUGUCGCGUGGAUCUGUUCGACGAAAAUGGGCAGGAAGCGAAUAUGAUGAUGCCAGGCGAUCAUGGACCCGUGAGAUUGACGACUUUCCGUAAAAUGGUGAUGAAUAACGGACAAACAUUCACGAUACGAGAACAAGGCAUGACUGUGGCAACGGGAAUGAUCACAAAAGUACUCGAUCCACUCACGUUACCGCAAAAUAAGUUGUCAAAAGUCAUAAUAACGUGUUAAUAGUUAAUUUUACGAAAGAUUUUAGAGCAAUUUUUGUAUAUUUUUUUUUAUUCCCAUAUAACUUAAAGGACCAAACCUUCAAUUUUUUUUUAACUUAAGGAUUUUAAGUCGAA